AUGCGAGCCCUUGGGGGUGUCAUGGAGAGCUUCCUAGAGAAGAUGGUGACUGGGCUGAGCCUUGAAGGAACAUUCUGGAAGCAUCUGCUUUAUGUCGAGGUCUGUGCUGAGUUCCAAGGAGACGAGGAAUGGCAGCGAUGUGGAGCAGGAGGGGAGCCUGCUUGCCAAAGCCCAGACCACUGUGCUCUGUCUGUGUCCCUGAUCCUGCCUUGCCUGCUGCCGACAGCGUCCCCACACCUCUGGCUUGAUCCUGGUGUGCUGAGCCCCUCCAGGUCUGCUCCGCUUUGUUCCCAGCUGCUUGGAGAGGCCCAGCAGCGCAGGCCUCCUGGUGAUGGUUGUGGCGCCCAGUGGCACUGGGCCCGGGCCACUCUGUCCACCUCUGGGGUGACAGAGGCAGAGGAAGGAGGGCAAGGAGACCAGGAAUCCCCUACAACUUCCUUUGUGCCUCCUCCCCUUGUACCUCAAGGUUACAAGGAAAAGUACCGGGAAUGCAUGCGGAAGAAAUUCCAGGUCCUGGAGGAGAGAAAUGGGUGCCUGGGUGAAUGGGUCUACCUGAGCCACCACUACACGUGGCUGCUUCUGGUGAGGGAGCCCGCCAGCCCUCAGAGCAGACAGCAGCAGCUGCUGGCCUCUAGGGGGUUGCAUGGGUGCCUUCAGGAGGGGCAUGGAAGGCCCAUUGAGCUCAAGGCUCUCUUUGAUGCCGAUGGAGGGGAAGGAGGCAGUGCCCCGGCCACCGUAGUGCUGCAGGAGGUAGCUGGGAUUGGCAAGACCACCCUGGCCCGGAAGGUGCCGCUGGACUGGGCGUCAGGGACUCUCUACCCUGGCCAGUUCGACUAUGCUUUCUACGUCAACUGCCGGACUGUGGAGUUGGCGGCCCAGAGGAGCGUGGCCGAGCUGCUCUCGGGCUGGCUCAAGGGCACUGGCCCAGGUUCGGGGGCACCCGUGCCCACCAUGCUGGCUCGGCCGGAGUGCCUGCUGUUCGUUCUUGACGGCUUCGAUGAGCUUCUCUGGGGCACUGGGGGGCAGGAGUAUGGGGCCUGGGUCCCGAGGCGGGAGAAGCAGCGGGUGGAUGUCCAUCUGAGGAGCCUGCUGGCAAAGAGACUGCUCCCUGAGUAUUCCCUGCUCGUCACCACAUGGCCCAUGGCACUGGAGAAGCUGCAGCAGCCUCAGGUGGCCGAGGUCCUGGGUUUCCACACUUUGGAGAGACAGGCCUAUUUCUACAAGUACUUCCCCAACCUGGGGCAGGCCGGGCGAGCCUGGGCCACCGUGCAGGCUAACGAGGUCCUCUUCACCAUGUGCUUUGUGCUGCUGGUGUGCUGGGCUGUGUGCACCGGGCUGCGGCAGCAGGUAGAGAGGGGCAAGGCUCUGGUUCAGACUGCACGGACUACCAUCACCAUCUACACGGCUUUUCUCUCCAGCCUCCUGCGUCCAGACUGGCUCGGCCCACCCAGGAGCCGGCCUGCUGGCCUCUGGGCCCUGUGCUCCUUGGCUGCCACUGGCCAGCGAGAGCAGAGGCUUUGGUUUCGACAGCAGGACCUGGCCUGCCACGGGCUGGACGUGGCCACUGUCUCUACCUUCCUGCACACAGACCAGGUUCAGCAUGAGGUGGAGUGCAAGGCCACCUAUAGCUUCUUCCACUCUACUUUCCAGGAGUUCUUCACUGCCCUGUUCCUGGUGCUGAAGCGGAUGGACUCAAUGGCUCUUCCAUAG